AUGACAGUCUCUAAAUCAGCUAUUCCCUCUCUGCCUUCUGCGAAUCUCUCAAUAGUGAGCUCGCAUCCUCACCCGCCGUUACGUUCUCAUCACUUGAAGAAUCAGUCUACGGUAUCUACUUCUGUUACAAAAGCCACAGUGGAUACAACUAGCACCGCUAGUAAUACAGGUUCUCAACCUGUGAGCGAUGGUAAGAGUGACACGAUGGCUGUUAGAGAAUUGGCUGCUGCUACUUCUUCUGCUGCUCAUAGUAGCAACGGCUCGUCGGAAUCAGGUUCACCAGGGCCUGAUACCAAAUCGUUGUCGUCGUCUGCGAAAAACCCAUCUUCUUGGGACCCACAAGAUGAUAUCUUGUUGAGGCAUUUGAAAGAGAUUAGAAAGUUGGGAUGGAAAGAUAUAUCCCAGUAUUUUAACAAUAGAACUCCCAAUGCUUGUCAGUUUCGUUGGAGAAGGCUCAAGUCUGGUAAUUUAAAGACUACGAAAUCCUCGUCAGAAACUGACUCGAUGGCGGCAGGUGUUCAAAUGGAUGAUUCGAACUCUUCUCCUGCAGUAGCUGCUGCUGCAGCGGCAGCUGCGGCGGCAGCGGCAACGGCCGCUUUAAAUGCAUCUCCUCAGGUUAAACAAGAGGAUCGGUUGUCUCCCGCAAUUCCUAUCCCCAAUGGUAGUGGUAGUUUUGAUCUUAACAGUGCUAACAGCCAUACGAUCAAUUUUGGUCAGUCACCAUGCUCUCAAUCACCUUUCUCUGGAGUUCAGUACACCAACUCCACACCUCUCAACAAUUUCCACAACAGCAACAAUCAUACCAGCCAUGAAAACGAUAACGGAGCGGGCUCCAAUCAUCAACGAAUGAGAUCUCAUUCUCACUCUUUCUCAAAACCAUUCAACAACACCAAUAAUAUAACCGCUGUUAGUGGUAAAGAUGAACAUGGCACUUCAGAGGAUGAAAAUAUUGGAUUUAUUCCCAAAAUUAUAGUUCGAUCAAGAAGAAAUUCAUUUGUUCAUCCUCAAAGUGUUCCUUCUGUGGCGAGCCAACAGCAUCACCAACAACAGCCUUCAUUAUCACAGUCGUUACAACAGACACCAUCACAUUUAUCGUCGGCUUUCAACACCACCUUAAAUACAACAAAAUCCAGGAAAAACUCGUUUGCAAGUCGUUCUAGAAGGUCGUCAUUUAGUGUGGCAGGCAGUACAACACCAUCGAGAAGAUCUUCAAUUAUAGCGGCACCAAAUUCGUUAUCAGGAAUGUUCGGCAGUCAAACAGGAUCUUCGACUCCAAAGCUGGUUAGAAGAGAUUCUGUCGUUAAGAAAGAAUUCUAUCCACAUCGUUCAGCAUCUGUAUCUGCAAGUUUCAUGGAUUUACCUCCAGCUGCAGCAUCCAUUGCACCUCCAACUCAUAGAAGAUUAUCAAGAACUCAUUGUAAGCCGUCGUUAUCAAAUCAGUUCCAACAGCACAAGUGGCAACAACCUCCACAGCUACCACAAUAUCAACAACACUACCAAACUCAAAAUAAUUCAAACGGGAAUUCUCAAAGUAACAAUGUACAACGCUGGUCAACAGACGAGGAUCAAUUAUUAAGUGAAAACAGUUCGAGAAAUUUGAGUUUGAUGGAGUUAUCCAUUCUUUUACCAAAUAGGUCAGAACAGGAAAUUCAAUGGAGAUUGGAUACAAUGUUCAGUGAAAAAUCACUAACAGCGUCAAAUGAACAUUCACAAUCACCAUUGAAUUCACCACGUAAAUCGGUUACACCUGAAGAUACUGCCAUUGAUGAAGAUACUUGUGAUGAAAGGGACCAAGCCGAUGACGAUGACGAUGAAAUGGAUAAUAUGAGUAUUGAACAGGUUGAUGAAGAUUCACCGCCGACCUUUACGUCCAAAGAGGCAACACCUGCAUCAAUAAUAUCAUCUACAACUACAAAGGAGGAAGAUCUAUCUGAUGGCUCUUCCUCUAGAAGCCGUAAUCGUUCAGAAGACAUGGCUAAAAAUACUUUGGAAAACAACUGUCUUCCUCCUAACGGGGCGUCUAAACCAAGUGCAUAUUCUACAACAGCUACAACUUUACCCAGUAUUAAUUCAAUUCUCAAGGGAACUUUGUGA